AUGCGCAACGACGACUGGCCAAGAGCGAUCAUGGCUGAGAUUCUCGAGGUGAGAGGGAGGCAUGGGGAAAGUGGAGCGCGGGAGAAGGAAGCAUGCAAGGUGUUCUCUAUCCCAUCUCCCACCUUCCCUGCCCUCCUCCCUGUGCUUAUUGCACUGGACCAACCACCAGAGGCAGUGGGUGUGGAGGACUUGACUCACUGCCUGCAGCAGUCACCUUCUUUCAUCACCACCUGCUGCUCAAGCCUGGAAAGUCUCAUCACCGCCUGCCACUCAUCCUUAACACCUCCAUGCCUCGCCUCCCUGCCGCAACCCCCUCACACAUCCCUCUCCUGCCUCCCUUGCCCACCUCCCUUCUGCCUCCCUCUCCCCCCUUCCUCUCUCACCUUCCUCUCCCGCCUUCCUCUCCCACCUCCCCCUGACCUACCCGAGGCAGUGGGCAAGGAGGAGUUGACUCACUGCUUAGAGCUGAGGGACCUCAAGGGGCCACUCGCCUCAAAUGUCUCAUCUCACCUAUAUGCACGCUUCUACCCUUGCCUCUCCCACCUGCCUGUGACAACCACUCCUCAGGACCUACCCUCGGCAGUGGGCGAGGAGGACUUGACUCACUGCCUGGAGCUGAGGGACCUCAAGGGGCGCUCCGCCAUGGUCAUGCCCGUGUGCGCCUAUGAUGGCACGGGGGUGAGGGAGGGAGUGACGUGGCUGGUGGAGGCAACGAGGAAGAGCCAACGAGCUGACCUCAUCAAGCAAAGGGCAGAUGCUGCUGCUGCCUUCUGA